UUCUCUUAAACCCUUCUCUCCUUGUGAAGGCCCUUUCCAUUUUUGUAGCACUGUGCACACAGCAAACGACAACAGUGCCCACUCGAAAAAUCCAGCUGAUAGCUACUCAAAAAAUAGCCCUGCUACCUCCGUCGUCGGCGACAGGCAGCUAAUUGAAGCAAAGGGUAUCUGAUUCUUGAAUCAUGUUUUUGACAAGAUUUAUAGGGAGAACACUCUUUGCUGCUGCUAAAUCUGAAACCCCGGCUGCCGCAGCUGCUGCUACUGCUACAACUCGAACUCCACUCAACCCUCUUGAGGAGUUCUUCGAGGCAGAUAGGAGUCAGGAUGAGGCUAAACCUGUUGUCUAUGGUCGAAGUUGGAAAGCUUCUGAGUUGCGCCUGAAGUCUUGGGAUGAUCUUAAUAAGCUAUGGUAUGUUCUACUGAAGGAGAAGAACAUGUUGAUGACUCAACGCCAGAUGCUUCACGCCCAGAACCUACGAUUUCCAAAUCCUGAGCGCUUACCAAAGGUUAGGAAGUCAAUGUGUCGCAUCAAGCACGUACUCACUGAGAGAGCAAUUGAGGAACUGGAUCCCAGGAGAUCUGCUGAGAUGAAGAGAAUGAUAAAUGCAUUAUAAUGACCUCAAAAUUGGCACUUAUUUUCUUCUCUACAAGAUCUGAGGUUUGGUGUUGCUGUACUUUACUGGGUAUAGGACUACAUCAUCUGGGAUGAGGAAACUUCUGGACUCCUUUGUUUUGUUAGUGAGGAGUUUAGUUGGAUUGAUGAAUACCAAACACAUAAUUAGGACUGAUUAUCCUGGUGACUUUCUCAGACAUUUGUGUGGUUUUCUUAGAUAAUUUUCAGGUUCCAUCGAAAGCAAUAAACCACUAAUCUUUUCUUCUUGUAGCACCUAAUACCUCUUUGCAAUAAUCACUUGUACAAAUACAAAUGAUACAAGUCACUUAUAUUACUUCCCAGAUUAAUACUUUUCUAUAA